AUGAAUGGAGAUCACAUGGCUUCAGGACAUCUGGUGGUUGACAAGAAAGUCCUCACUCUCAUUCUCAUUGUAUUGCUUUUGUGCCUGACAACUGUGAUAAGCAACGGUUUUAUCAUUGUAGCACUGGGCACGGAAUGGUUGCAACGGAGAACACUGUCGCCUUAUAAUAAGUUAUUGGUCAGCCUAGGGGCCUCUCGCUUCUGCCUUCAGUGGGUAAUGAUAGGUAAGAGUACUUAUUUUUUUCUGUAUCCAAUGGCUUUCCUGUAUGACCCUGUCAUGCAGUUCCUAAGCUUGUUGUGGGAUUUCCUGAACACUGCCACCAUAUGGUGUUGCACUGGGCUCAGUUUCUUUUAUUGUGUCAAAAUUGCAAACUUCACCCAUCCUGUCUUCCUGUGGCUAAAGGGCAAGGUUUCUAGGUGGGUACCGUGGAUCCUCCUUAGCUCUGUGGGUUUCUCUGGCUUCACCACCAUCCUAUUCUUCACAGGCAAUCAUGUACUAUAUCAGCACUAUCUCAGGGACAAGUGCCAAUAUUGGAAUGCUACCGGGGAUAGCAUGAGGUCAUUUGAAAACUCCUACUUCUUCUUUCUAAAAAUCUCUGUUUUUUCAAUCCCGUUUGGAAUCUUUCUUGUUUUCAUUGUCAUUCUCCUCAUAUCCCUGGGAAGACACAUGAAGAAGACCCUGUUGACCCUCUCGGGAUUUCAAGAUGCCCCUGUUCAGGCCCACGUCAGAGCUCUCCUCAGUAUCAUCUUUUUUGCCCUCCUCUUCACCUCUAGUUUUCUGGUUCUGAUACUUAAUAAUGGUAGCAGAUUUCCACUUCACGAGGCUAAAAGCUGGGUGUGGAACAUAGUGUCUCAUUUGUGCAUGGCUGUCCACUCCCUCUUUCUGCUGCUCAAUAACCCCAAGCUGAGAGCCACUGUGGAGCGAAGCUGCUCCCCAAGAUGUGAGGUCUCCUGA